GGCUCGAGAAGAGGGUACAAAAUGGCGACUGGAUAAAAUAUUGGUUUACUUUGAUAUUCCUUAGUCACUGCAAAACGAAUGCAAAUAUGGACAGUAGCGAAUACAUGAGUUUUACUGCCCAGCUGAAAGAAGCUGAGAAGAUUUUCCUGAGACUUACCACAGAAGAAAAAGAAAAGGCAUUCAAAACUAUCCUUACAUUUAAAGCAAAGUGUACAGAAGCUGUUAACAAGUCCCAUGAAGCUGCUUAUAAACAGGACAAGGGAGCUACCAUUAAAACAACAAGGAAAAAAUCAACAACAAACAAGAAAAACAACAAAGAAAAUAAACAUGAUAAAGAGGAAAUAAGUAAUGAAUUAUUUAUCAGAAACUGUCUUGAUGAACUUGUUUCUGAUGCUGUUAGUGCAGUGGAAGAUAAAAAUAAAGUAUGGCCAUCAAAACGACUAAGGAAAAGAAAAUCCUCCACAUUACCAGAGGUCAAUAAUGAGGUUGAUGAUGAUGCAGCUCUGUCUCCCCCAGCCUGGGAAGAUGCAGGAGAUGAUACAGAUGAUUAUGAAUUCGCUAAUUCUCCUCUUUCUACGCCAUCAAAAAGAAAAAGGAAACAGAAUUUUCCAAGAAGAACUACAGCUUCAGAGAAAACAUCUCCAAAACAGAACUCAAAAAUGGAAGAUUCAAGAUCAGAAAAUGUUAACUUGAAAGUAGGGUUAUCACCAACAAGGGGUAUUGACUUAAAUGACGAUGACCCUGUGAUACUAAGACUUGCAAAAGAGGCAGUAGAGAUGGCAAAUGCCUUAUCUGAUGAAGAGUAUAUUGAUGAUAAACCUAUAAAGAAAAAGAGAAAAAUGAAAUCUAAGAGAUUCACAAAGCUAAAGAUUGGACGUCCCAGGAUCUUGUUUAAAUGCAAAGAGGAUAAUGAAACAUUCACUCAUUCAAUUUCUUAUUUUGAACAUAUGACCAAACAUGGGCAUAGUCCACUCUCUUGUAGGAUGUGUUUGAAUGAGUACGCAACAGCUGAUGAAUUUAAAGACCAUAUUUGCCAACCAAAAGAAUUUAAAAAAUGUAUUUAUUGUCCGAAGCAGAAUAAGCGAUUUCUUUGUGUCAAAGACUUAAGGGCACAUAAAAAAGAAAAGCAUGCAAGUGAAAUGAUGGCAAGAAACUAUAAGUGUUCCUUUUGUGACAAGGCAUUUACCACCAAACUAUGGCUUCAUCAUCACCUGAAAAACCAUGCUGAUGGAAAGAAAGUUUGUCUCAAGUGUGGCGAAUUUUGUAACGAUGAUGAGGCUCUUCAAGAACACAUGAAAAUCCAUGAGAAAGAUGUUCAUUACAAGUGUCUGAAAUGUGAUGCUGGUUUUUAUCAUGCACGUCAGUACGACCAACACUUACUGGGUCAUUAUCAGAGAGAAUGUAGUAUUUGUGAAACAAGUUUUCCGUCACGUACUGAACUUUCUCGUCACUGUAAGUCAGAACACAGCAUGAGUGUAAAUGAAGUCAACCACAAUAAACAGAAAUAUCCAUGUGACGAGUGUGAAAAAACAUUUGAUAGACCAAGUGCUUUAAUUGUACAUCAGAGAAUUCAUACAGGAGAAAGGCCAGUGGAAUGUAAACCAUGUGGACAGUUUUUCAGAACUAUGAAAUCACUAGCUAAACACAAACAAACAUACUCACAUACUCUAAAGGCUGGAGAAAAACUCAAGGAAAGAAAGUUCCUCUGCUCAGACUGUGGAAAAGCUUAUUUCAGAAAGCAUGCUUUACAGAGACAUAUGAGAUACCAUACUGGGGAAAAACCACAUACUUGUCAACAUUGUGGCUAUCAGUGCCGCGAGGCAAAUAAUCUCAAACGCCAUCUCUCACUCCACUUUGAAUCUGAAAGAAACUUCAUAUGUGAAUUAUGUGGAUCUGCUUUUCAUGCGAAGAAAACUCUUGAGAUGCACCAUGCUUAUAAACACAGCGAUAUCAGAGAAUAUGCUUGUAGUGUAUGCUCUUUAACAUUUAAAGCAAAGAAUGCUCUGAAACGUCAUUACAAAGUACAUUCCACAGAAAAAGAUCACAAAUGUUGGUGUGGCACAGCAUUUAAACGUAUGUACAAUCUCCGCAGGCAUCUAAAAACUGUACAUGGAGCAGACACUAUUUUACCUCCUGUAAGAAGAGUUCAACCUUUAGAUCAACCAACCAAAGCUCCUGUUUCUAAAACAGAUUUGCAAAAUCCAAAGAUAGUGGCUGAGAAGAAAGAGAAAGCUUCUAAACCUCGAAGGAAGCCCUAUCAAACAAUGCCAAGAGAAUUGGCAAACAAUCCAGAUAUGUACCAAUCUAUUACUCCUACUUCCUUAGCUGAUGAAAUCACUGAAGGUUUGAAGUAUGUGCCAUCUUUGUUAAUGAAUAUUGAUAACCGUAGGACUGACCACAAUACAAUGUCAUCAGCAGAGCAUUGUUAUAGUAUACAGACUUCACCACCGACAACUGUUCCAUCCCCUCACAGACAACAAGUCAUGAGGCAACAACAGCACACACCUCAUUCUCAAGCAGAACCAACUCAGCAUAUGACAACAGAAGAUGGGCAGCAAGGAAUCAGGUACAACACCAGUCACGAUGGUCAAGUGUACUCAAAUAUAAUGGAGCGUCCAGCACCUUUACCUCAUAAUAUUGACCCAAAUGAUCCAUUUAUGCAACACAUGAACACUUCAAUUGGAAAUCCAAAUUUUAUUCCACAAGCCGUGGCAUACUCCACCAUCAUGAGAGAAUAUGGGUCCCAGUUUCCCUUCAUACCAGAUGGGACUAACUAUCAUAAUUAUGUUAACAAGGCUGUCUAAAUUUUAGAUUGCAUGUUGUAUUAGAAUAUAUAAUGAUAGUGUAUAUUGUUUUAAUAAUAUGAUAAGUCUUUGUUUGAUUAUGCAUAAUAAUGGGCAUAUAUUUUUCCAAGCAAUACAUCCUAUAAUAAACACUUCAUAGUAGAUUGGUACCUUGUCUUCGGUUAAUUGAUCUGUAGAUGGCUUGUUAUGAAUACCUGAAUAGGGAACGUAUUAAGAUCAUGUUGUAAGAUAUUUUUUUCAUAUAUUUGUAGAUAUAUGUACAAUAACGAACUUUUCAGCGAUUUUUAUUUUAAACCAAUUCAAUUUUGAUUGUGUAAGGUUAAGAAAGGCAAAAAAAUAUAUUUAAUUAAAAAUAAAACUGAGGGAAAAUAUCCAAUCUACCCAAGCCUGACCCUCAUACAUGUACAUGUAAAACAUUUAUUUGCUUAUAAAUAAAUCUUCAAAAUUUUACUAGCAUUGUUCUUUUGUUUUGGCCAGUUGCAUAAUGUGAUAUAAUCUCACCUGAGUGGUUCCCAUGGAAACUAAUCAAUACAUCAAUGUGGAAGACAGUUUGGUGAUCAUUUUUCAUUUUGGUAAAAUGUAACUGAUUGGUAUUUUCCCUGCAUUAUAUACAUGUAUAAUUAGUAUCAGUUCAUUUGUUAUACUUUAACAAUGACAGUUGGUUUGUUUUUAAACAAUGAAUUAUGGUCAAUGAAAUGUAUUAAUACAUUUGUACAGUAUCAUGUAUAAACAUUGUUAAAUGUUGAUUUCAAAUGUGUUUCUUUGUUAGGAAAGAACUUGUAUAUGUAUAUACAUCCAUUUUUUUUCAUUGUUUUUUUAUGUUUUAUACUUUUAGGUAAAUUGCCUAUACAGUAUUUGUUAUAACAUUUGUUAUUUAACGAUUUUUAGUCCAAAUGAAUUAUUUGAUAUAGACUAUGGUCAUCCAUUUGGGUGUGUCCGUCUAGCAGUGAUGGCCUGUAUAUAAACAGGACCAAUUCCAAGAAUUUAAAUAGUCGAAGGUCUGUAAGUAUUAAUGGCCUGAAGAUACCUUGAAUUCUAGUCGCAUGUUAAUGUUUAGAAAGAAAUUGCCUUACUUUUGAUACCAAGAUGCCAUAUACAGUGAAUAUAAAUUAAAUGAUUUCACUCAAAUUAUUCCAUUUGAUUAACAUGAAUAACCAAUUUUACAUUUCUCUUCUAAAAAUGUUCUUUUAUCAUUUACAACACAACCACAAUAACAAAUACAUUUUCCCACAUAUAAACAACUUUACUCAUUUAAACAUUUAUUUUAAAAACCUGCUUAAGAGACCACCUGUAUUAGACAAAAACCUGUAUCAUAGGACUAUCAAUUUUAGAUUUCAUAUAGAUUGAAUCUCUAUUAAAAGUCCCGCCUGUCUUCAGAGACCACUUUUUUUCCUCAAGUGGACUCUUAAAACAGGUUUCACUGUAUAUAUCUAUACAUGUUUUGACUCCCAGACUAGAACCUUUUGAUAAAAACCAGACUGUUGAUACUUUAUGCACUAAGAUUUACAAACCAACUAGGUCAAAUGAGGAUUCAUAUUGUGAACCUUCAGGUGACUAGAAUUAAUUUUUGUUUGCCCCUUCGAAACUUAGAAUAUUGACUUUUAAAACUAUCUCUGUUAUCAUUCGUUAAUAGCUUUUUCAUUUUAUUUUGUGUGACUGCUGAUUCUUGUUCCAUUUUUAAUUGUUCUUGACUUUUUGUUAAUAAUUUUAUGCAAAAUGAUCAUAUUUGUAAACCUGUAUUUGUGAUAGUUAAAUAACUGUAUAUAGCUUAUCUGUUUCAGUGCUUUGUUAUAGUAAAAUCUGUUACCAAAUUGAUAUCACUUUUUCAUUUGGCGGGAUUGUUUGUCUUUCCUUUGUUCAUGUUGUUAUUGUAUAUGUUCUUUAAAGAUUUGAAGUUUAUUAAUUUGUUUACAUCAUGAAAAUCCUAAUUUUAUUUUGAUAAGAACAUAAUAUGAAGAACUAUUGUACAAGUAAUGAACAGUUGGCUUUUUAUAGAAUCAUUUACCUAUUAAUUUAGUAUACAAUGUACCUUUGCCAUCAAGUGGCAAGAACAUAAAAGGAAGGACUGGUAUAUUUUUUCUGUUUAUGUAGAAAUAAAAUAAAAAAUGGUGCAAACUGUAGAUAUUUUGAAUGUGGUUGAUAUUAUUGACACAAUGACAUAAUUUUGGUGAAAUCAUUUUUCUUUGACUAAAAAUUCCUAGAAAAAAUUACUUAUUUUGUUUGUAUGUAAAUGCCUAACCAUUUUGUAUACUGUUGUAUGCUUGGAAGUAACAGAUUGAAAUAUUUCAUGAAAUGUUUGAGUAAAAUUAUAACCCUUCACCUCAGAAAGAUGUCAACUGUAUAUGUAUGUGUAUUCGACCAAGUUUACUGUAUUUGGUUGCAUUGUGCGUUGCUAAUUUUCUAUGUGGAAUUUUGUGUAAUUUGCAAGUAGACAUAAUUUUGUAUGGUAUUUUAUGAUAAUUGUGGUUUACAAACUGCUUUGGUUUGAUUCUUUAUAAAUUGUUUCUUUUUAUGUUUGUUGAGGGUAUUUCUUGAUUAUGUGCUUGUUUAGAUUUUAACAAUUUUGACAUCAUAGAAUUCCUGAUAAUUAUUGGUUGAAUGAUUGUUGGUUGCUUAACGCGGCAUAAGCACAAAAAGGCUAUAUAAUUAAGAAAAUCUGCUGAAUCAUGAGGAGUUUUCUUUCUUUUAUAUGGAAACACAGAUUUCUUAUUUUAUUUUUGUGUCAAAUACAAAUUUUUAAAUCCUUUUAAAAAGAAUUUGGCUUGCAAAUUUUUCAAAAGAGGAAGUUUGAAACAGAUUCUUUUUCAGAACUAAAUUUUUAUUGAAAAAAAUAAUGGAAAUCUAAAAUGAUAUAAGACAAACUACAACCAUUUCCAUCAGGCACAUAGUUAAGGUGUCAUAGGUGGCCGUGAUGCUCUGACGCAAAUAGUCAAAUUUCAAUGUGAAUCUCAACUUAGAUAGUUAUACAUUCUUUUUGCUUUUCAAUAUAUUUAAUAUUAAGAAAUGCCUCUUUUUGUUUUGCUGUGGCUAUCACCUUGCUGUCAAUCAAUGUUGUUUUCAUCAUCUGUCAUUGUAUAAAAAAAAACUUCCUGUAAAAACCACUUGACCACUUUCAACUAAACUGAAUGACUGUUAGGGUAUUUAUUAGAAAGUUUAUGUUUCCUGGCUCUGGCAAUCAACAGACUUUGUUUAUAGAUAGAAGUUUGGCCAGGGUCAAAUUAAUAAAUUGUCCAAAAACUUUUCAAAAAUAAAAAAAAAGAUGGAGAAAAUCUUAAGUUAAAAUGUAAAAAUCUACCUCUUUUCAUUUUCGACCAU